AUGAAUUAUCUUCAAAUUCAAUCAUACGACCAAUUGAUACGCGGAGAUAAAUGGGAAGAUGUCAAUAUGAUAUGUCCUCAUCAUUGCGUAUGCCAAUUUGCUCAUCGUAUGGAUCUUCCGAUCGCUAAAUGGAUUCAUUCUGUUGAGACUCGACAGAGAAAGGGACAUGAGUUUACGGAUUUUGAAGCAGAGCAUCAUGAACAUAAUAAUGAGGUCAACUUUGAUGAUGAAAUAUCACCUCAAAAUAAUGAAUUACUAAAAUUCACAAUGUGCUUACUGCCAUCAAAUAUUGAGCCAAAGGAUUUGAUUGCUUCAUUACCUCAUGACGUUGAGGCAUUAGUUGUUUUAUCGACAGAGAAUAGGAAGAAUAUGUCAGUGCUGAUGAGUGACUUUAAUCAACUGUUUGAGUUGAAAACAUUAGAGAUUCGAGGAUCGAAGAACAGUAACUUUACAUUGAUAUUUGAUGAGCCUAUAGCAUGGAUUAAUCAUUUAAACAUUGAUUCGAUCAAUAUUGAAGCAGCAGACACGAUGAGAUUUAGACCAAAUCUUGAAGAAAUUGAUCCUUCCGAAAAUUUUAAUUACAUUCCCAACAGUGAGCGUGUAGAGUACAACAUUUCAUUUCAGACAUCUGAAGAGUUAAAGGAAGUUGAAAUUGUUCCAUACGAAGUCUAUAAAAUGGAAAAACUUACAGCGGAACUAAGGUUGAGAACAAUUUCAUUUUACGGAUGGGAUAAUCUCAAGGUUCUUCGUAUCAAAGGCUGUGAUAUGAAUGAACUGUUUUGGGAAAUGUUUGACGGAUUGACAAAUCUCGAGCACUUAUCACUUGAAGAUAACGGAAUCAAGGAUAUACCGCCUUUUACAUUCUAUGGAACGCCUAAUAUUAAGUCACUGUCAUUGUCACAUAAUGAGAUUAUAGAUAUGGGAUAUCGAUCAUUAGCUGGAUUAUUAGGACUUCAGUUGCUUGAUUUAAGCUCCAAUAAUAUUGGAAAACUAUCUGAGCAUACAUUCCCGCCAUUUCCGAAACUAGAAAUUGUGGAUUUACGAGCAAAUCCAAUAAAUAAUCUAUUCUCGUCCAUUUUCGGUGUCAUGAAUCGAACGGAAGUGCUAUACAUUGGAGAUGAAAAUAUUCCGUUAGAGCUUAACGCUGAAAAGCCGUUCGAAGACCUCAACUCGUUAAUUUAUCUGGAAAUCCCCAACCUAUACGUAACACAACUCGAAGAAAACAUUUUCUCAUCAUUGCAAAAUCUCGAGAUUCUUAAAAUUAAAAGUGGAAAUAUUCCAUUCAUUGAAUUCGACACGUUCUCAAAGCUGCUGAACUUGAAAGAACUGCAUAUGAGUAAUUGCCAGAUCCAGGAAAUGUCAAUGGAUACAUUUUUUGGCGCGAAAAAACUAGAAAUUGUCGAUCUUUCCUACAAUCAAUUAAAGUCGAUUCCACAAGGCUUAUUUGAUGAUCAGCAUGAUUUGAAGGAAAUUUAUCUCAACGACAAUCAAUUAACAGCACUUCCGAAAGACAUAUUUAAAUUAAAUUCUCUAAAAAUGAUUCAAUUGCUUAAUAAUCCUUGGGAUUGUACAUGCGACAUGAGAGAUUGGCGUCAGGGAUUAAGUAACAAAAUUAGGGCACAUAAAAUUGAGAAUAAAUGUUCUGAUAACGCUUCUAGGCACAGCAAGUUCAAUUGUGAGAGCACAUCAAUGCAAACCUAUAAAUUCGAUCAUAAAUUGUCACCAAAAUGCUCUACACCAGUUAAUUUGAAAGACAAAAGUGUAUUUUAUGCAUUAAGGCGUGUCUUACGCUGCGCGAUUCCGAUUAAAGUUCAAAAUACGACGAUGAAACCAGAAUCGCGAGUCAAAAAGAUAAAUAUCAAAGCAAAGUAUGAAAAGCACGUGAAUGAAGUGAAGAAGAAGAAGCAACAAAUCGCUCAAAAAAAUACACUGGAAUAUCAACUCUUUCAUCGUAGGAAUUACGAAAACAUGCGAAUUAGGCACAACAAUGUCUAUGACAUGAACCGUGACGACAGAGAUAACAAUAUAAUGAAGAAAUAACUUGUUGCUUACAUAAUAUUCAAGGCUCGAGCAAUAUCUAAUUGUUUUUAAUAUCAGCUUAACUGGAUUCAGUAGUUCUUAAGGCUUAAUUUUUGUAUAAUUCAUGACUCGGAAGAAAUUUUUAAUAAAGCUAAAAUAUCAAAACUUACCUCUUAAAAGAGUUGCUAAUGAUC